AUGGAUUGGUUGCACAUCUACAUCGCCGGUGCGGCGUCUCUAGUCUUUGCCCUGGUGGCUGUUGUUCUCCUCGUUUCCUCCCAGCAAGUCAAGAUUGACCUUGAUCAUGGCCCGUUGACCUAUCUGAAGUUUAUUUGGGCCAAUUUCCUCAAGCCUCAUGAUAAGCAUGCCGAGGGCCAACAGGGGGCGCUGGAGAGCUUCUACAAGACCCAGGCGGCUGUUUACGAUGCGACCCGCCGUCGUCUGCUUCAUGGCCGUGAGGACAUGCUCGGACUUGUGGCGGCCCAGCUGAAGUACAAGGUGGAGAACAAGGAAAUCAAGGCUGGCAAGGCAGUCUGGGUGGAUGUUGGUGGUGGUACCGGAUACAACAUUGAAGCCAUGUCCGCCUUCAUUCCUGUGGACAAGUUCUUCGACCACGUCUACCUCGUCGACCUCUCGCCCUCCCUCUGCGAUGUUGCCCGACAGCGCUUCGAGCGUCUUGGCUGGAAGAAUGUCACCGUUCUGUGCCAGGAUGCCCGCUCUUUCGUCCUCCCUGAGAGGCAGGUGGACCCAAAGUCGGCCGAUGGCGCCACAACCGACCGCGUGGACCUGGUUACCAUGAGCUAUAGCCUCUCUAUGAUUCCUGAUUACUACAGUGUCGUCGACUCGCUGACAACCCGCGUGAAGCCCACCGGGCUGGUGGGUGUUUGCGAUUUCUACGUCCAGAGCAUCGUCGAUGUUUCAUGCCGCAACUACACCGGCGGUGCCUUCAACCGCCAUGUCAACUGGCUCGGCCGUAUCUUCUGGCGCGCGUGGUUCGACUUUGACCGGGUUAGCCUUGAGGCCGCCCGUCGUGAUUAUCUGGAAUAUAAGUUCGGAAGCGUGAUCUCGGCUAGUGAUCGCAACUACCUUCUCGGCGGCAUCCCCUACUACAUUUUUGUCGGUUGCCCCAAGGAGUUCGCCUCCACCCCAUCCAACCAAACCACCAUUGAGAAGCUGGAUGCCUCAUUUACCGAGUCUCCUUAUCUGCUUCCUGCAAACCACCAGAAGGAGAUGGACAAAGCUGUGGAGAAAAGCACGACGGAAAUCCGUUCCAAGGCAUAUGAGUCGGCUGUGAUCAACUUGAGCGCCAACUUGCCCCUGCCGUCUUCCUUUUACCAGAACCAUCACUACCGGAUCCACUACAACGACAUGCUUCCCAAACACACUCAGUUCCAGAACGAAUACAUCUAUGCCUUCACCUGGGAAGACCCCCGUGUGGACCACCGCCUUCUGAACAUCGGCCCUGAUGAUGUGAUUCUCGCCAUCACCAGCGCUGGCGACAAUAUUCUGGACUACCUUCAGAAGGGCCCUCGCCGUGUUCACGCCGUGGAUCUGAACCCUAACCAGAACCAUCUUCUGGAGCUGAAGGUGGCUAGCUACAUCGCCCUUGGCCACCGUGAUAUGUGGAAGAUCUUCGGUGAAGGGAAACAUGCGCAAUUCCGCGAGCUUCUCAUUUCUAAGCUCAGCCCCCAUCUAUCCAGUCAGGCCUUCCAGUACUGGGUUCAGCACUCUCACAUCUUCACCUCUAAAUCUGGCCAUGGCCUUUAUGAGACAGGUGGCUCGCGCCACGCAAUCCGCAUGGUGCGCUACCUGUUCAACAUCUUUGGACUGCAGGGAGAGGUACAGAAGAUGUGUGAGGCGCAGACUCUGGAAGAACAGCGGGCCAUCUGGCCGCGUAUCCGCCGUGUUCUCAUGAGCAAGCCUCUGAACUGGGCUAUUGUGAGUACUGAGUGGUUCGCCUGGAAGGCGGCUGGUGUGCCUCGCAAUCAGCGCAACAUGAUCGUUGACGACUACUUCCGUCGCAACGGCUUGACGACCGGUAUGAAGCAGAGCAAGGACAUCAGUGGCCAGUCUAUCUGGGAAUAUGUUGUGAACACCCUGGAUCCGGUGGUCAAUGAUACUCUGAUCAGUAACGACAACUACUUCUACUUCCUGUGCAUGCAGGGCCAGUUCUCGCGCCGUUGCCACCCCACCUAUCUGUCGCCCCAGGCACACGUCAAGCUAUCUACCCCCGGUGCUUUCGAUGGCCUACGCAUUCACACCGAUGAGAUCAACGAGGUGAUUAACCGCAUUACUCCCGGUACAUUGACUAUCGCCGUGGUUAUGGACUCUAUGGACUGGUUCGACCCUACCGAAGAUGCCGCACCCGCCCAAGCCCGCCGGUUCAAUACCGCCCUGAAGAAGGGUGGCCGUAUCCUACUCCGCUCCGCCAGCAUCGACCCCUGGUACAUCAAGCACUUCGAAGAGAACGGGUUCACAGCACGCCGCGUCGGAGCCCGCUUCCCCGGAACAUGCAUUGAUCGUGUCAACAUGUACGCAUCAACCUGGAUCUGCACCAAGACUAAGGACAUUGAUCGCCCCAAGAACGGGCGCAGCAUCUCCGUCUUGUCCCUCGGUGACAGUGCCGUUGGAUCGGCGACGCGGUCGAACAGCGUGGAGAAUUUGAAAAUUUGA